AUGCGUUCGUUAAUCCUCGCUGCUGUCUUGGUGUUAUCCUUUGUUGCUUUCGUUUAUGGACACGGAGAGUUCAUUUUACCAAGACCAAGAACCUUCGGAAUCAGUGGUUCAGACACCCAAAAAACAGGUCCAUGUGGUUCCAUUGCCAAGAAGGCACCAACCAUCAAGUACAAGGGUAAUCAAAAGACAAACGUCACUUGGUUUAUUAGGGCCAAUCACGGAGGUAGCAUCACUAUGAAUAUUAUUGACUUUUCAGACAAGUCAACCUCUGUAUUAGUGUCAGGAGUGAGAUCUGCUUCAGGCAAUACCACAGUAUCUGUGACUAUUCCAGACAAGUUCUGUAAUAAUUGUACCUUGCAAUGGGUUUGGAGACCAAACGGUGAAUCUCCUUAUUAUGGUUGUGUGGACAUUAGCAUUGAUGGAGCACCAAUUAAUACCACAAAUAAUAAUAAUGCCAACAACAAUAACAAUAAUAAUAACAAUAAUAAGGCAAACGUUGGAUCUCUCUCAACACUUCCAUCCUAUUAUUCCAUGAUUGUUGGAUGUGUGGUUGUCAUGUUGAUUUCUGUGCUUGUUCAAUUUUAA